AUGUUGCGGCGGCUCGUGUGUAACGGCGUUUUAGCAGCUGAUCGCGGAUGUCCUUCGGUGGCUACGCUCGGCUCGGUGUUGCGUGUUGCAAGGUCUCGACGGUUACAAGUUGAGCCUCAAGGCAGCAGGCAGCGCCGACAGCGGGGAGGAAGGAGCUGGACAUGGAGUACAUCUCAAAUCGAGGGUGCUGUUGGCGACGGUUCCGAUAGCGCUAAGGAUGCAAACCUCCCGCCUGCAGUGCGUGGUGAAGGCCGAGAAGCUCUUGUGACGUCGAAUCCGUUGGCCACCUCCAUCGCAUCGGACCUUAUGGUGUGCUUGCAGGUGAUGAGGAUGGGCGUGUUUGGUUUUUAA